AGAUAAGGAAAACAUUAGAAAGCGCAUUGAUAUUAUUGAUAUCGUAACAGUAAGUAAAACAAUACAUUUAGAGCAAUUACACUAUUAGGCUAACGAUAUUAAUCCCCUAGACGCUGCUUUGCGUUGACGGCUAUUCUCGUCUUUCCUCUCGUGCCUCCUCGGUAUUCCCGUGCUUCCGAGGCACGCGCCUUCUGUGGUCCAGCGGCAGCAGCAGCGGCGGCGCGCACACCUCAAAGCUCCAGGAGGACGGAGCCUCCGCAGACAGACAGAGAGACAGCCUGAGCUCUGGACGCUCCCCCGGCAGGCAGACCUGGAAUGACGCAUGCAUGAGCCUGCGCCGCGUUUGAUGGAGGUGAUGUUUCGGUAGGCAUCGCAACCUGACGAGGCUGCUGCGGCGUCGUGUGAGAAGCCCGAACAUUACGACCAUGAAGAUGCUGUUGGUGGUGGCACUCUUAUGGCGCGAGGCGUUGUGCGGCUCCCCGAGCGUCCAGAUUGGUGGUCUGUUCCCGAGGGGCGCAGAUCAGGAGUAUAGCGCAUUCAGAGUUGGGAUGUUUCAGUUCGGGAUGACAGAUUUCAGACUGACUCCACAUAUAGAUAACCUGGAGGUAGCCAACAGCUUCGCUGUUACCAACUGCUUUUGCUCCCAGUUCUCUCGAGGCGUCUACGCCAUUUUUGGCUUCUACGACAAGAAGUCGGUCAACACCAUCACAUCGUUUUGUGAAACACUUCAUGUCUCCUUCAUCACACCUUCUUUCCCGGCAGAAGGAAUGAAUCAGUUUGUUCUCCAAAUGAGGCCGGACAUCAAGGGGCCACUGGUGUCACUGGUGGAGUACUACAAAUGGGAAAAGUUUGCCUAUCUGUACGACAGCGACAGAGGUCUCUCUACCCUUCAGGUGAUACUGGAUACAGCAGCAGAGAAGAAAUGGGUUGUCACAGCGAUAAAUGUUGGAAACCUGAAAGACGAGAGAAAGGAUGAAGCGUACCGCUCUGUGUUCCAGGACCUAGAGAUCCGCAAGCAGCGACGCAUCGUCCUGGACUGUGAACAAGACAAAGUCAAAGACAUCAUGGAACAGGUGAUCACAAUAGGCAGGCAUGUGAAGGGAUACCACUAUAUCAUUGCAAACCUGGGUUUUGUGGACGGCGAUCUUACUAAAAUACAGUACGGAGGCGCAAACGUGUCCGGCUUUCAGAUAGUAGAUUUUGAUGAUCCUAUAGUCGCAAAGUUCGACCAACGCUGGGAGGCUUUGGAGGAGAAGGCGUAUCCUGGAGCCGAUACACGGAUCAGAUACACCUCAGCCCUCACCUAUGAUGCCGUCCACGUGAUGACGGAGGCGUUUCGCUUCCUGCACAAGCAGAGAAUAGACAUGAGUCGGCGUGGCAACAGUGGGGAUUGUUUGGCCAAUCCAGCUGUGCCGUGGGCACAGGGAGUGGAGAUAGAACGUGCCCUCAAACAGGUGCGUGUAGAUGGUUUGACUGGGAACAUUCAGUUCGACCAGUACGGGAAGAGAAUCAACUACUCAGUGACAAUCAUGGAGCUGAAGAGCAAUGGACCUAUUAAGAUCGGCUAUUGGAAUGAAGUGGAUAAGAUGGUGGUGACAAAGUCAGACCUUUACCCUAAUGACACCACGGGAAUGGAAAACAAGACGGUCAUCGUUACAACUAUACUGGAAGCUCCCUAUGUGAUGCUAAAGAAGAAUGCUGAACUGUUCCAAGACAACGAUCGUUAUGAAGGUUACUGUGUUGACCUGGCUGCGGAGAUUGCGAAGCAUUGUGCUAUACGCUACCAGCUUAAGAUUGUGGGAGACGGCAAAUAUGGAGCAAGAGAUGCCGAAACCAAGAUCUGGAAUGGGAUGGUUGGAGAGCUGGUGUAUGGGAAAGCAGAUAUAGCAGUUGCUCCCCUGACGAUCACACUUGUCCGUGAAGAGGUUAUAGAUUUCUCCAAACCCUUCAUGUCCUUGGGAAUCUCCAUCAUGAUCAAGAAGCCACAGAAAUCCAAACCAGGAGUCUUCUCCUUUCUGGACCCUCUGGCCUAUGAAAUCUGGAUGUGCAUUGUAUUUGCCUACAUAGGAGUUAGUGUUGUACUAUUUCUGGUGUCCAGGUUCAGCCCUUAUGAGUGGACGCUAGAGGAACCAGAGGACGGAGCGUUGCCAUUAACAACUGAAUCCACGAACGAGUUUGGGAUCUUCAACUCUCUUUGGUUCUCUUUGGGAGCUUUCAUGCGACAGGGUUGUGACAUUUCACCCAGGUCUCUUUCUGGUCGCAUAGUGGGUGGGGUGUGGUGGUUUUUCACUCUGAUCAUCAUCUCGUCAUACACUGCCAACCUGGCUGCCUUUCUGACGGUGGAGAGGAUGGUUUCUCCCAUCGAGAGUGCUGAAGACCUGGCUAAACAGACAGAGAUAGCAUAUGGAACUCUGGACUCUGGCUCCACCAAAGAGUUCUUCAGGCGCUCUAAGAUUGCCUUGUUUGACAAGAUGUGGCAGUACAUGAAAUCAGCAGAGCCCUCCGUCUUCGUCAAGAAAACAUCGGAGGGCGUCCUACGCGUUAGGAAGUCCAAAGGAAAGUACGCUUACCUGCUGGAGUCCACUAUGAACGAGUACAUCGAGCAGAGGAAACCCUGCGACACCAUGAAAGUGGGAGGAAACCUGGACUCCAAAGGCUACGGCAUCGCCACCCCCAAAGGAUCCCCAUUAAGAAAUGCGGUGAACCUGGCGGUGUUAAAGUUGAACGAGCAGGGGCUGCUGGACAAACUGAAAAACAAGUGGUGGUAUGACAAGGGAGAAUGCGGCAGCGGCGGAGGGGAGAGCAAGGAGAAGACCAGCGCUCUAUCUCUUAGUAACGUAGCAGGAGUCUUCUACAUCCUGGUCGGAGGUCUGGGUCUGGCCAUGAUGGUCGCGCUGGUAGAGUUUUGCUACAAAAGCCGUGCUGAAGCUAAAAAAAUGAAGAUGAAGUUCACUGAUGCGAUGCGCUCCAAAGCUCGCUUGUCCAUCACAGGAUCGACCAGUGAGAACGGCCGCGUCCCGGUGGCGUACCUGCGUCCAGGAUUACCCAUGAGCCUCAGCAUGACUGAUCUCUCCUGAAAACACCCGAGAGAGUGCCUUACAGCCAACUGACACACAUUCUCCCUCCCCCCUCUGAAAAUGAAUCGGAAACGCUCGUCAUCUCCCCUCGGUGACAGACGGACCGUUCACCAAAGGUGAUCUGCCCUGAUUUUCAACCUGGAAUCUGGAGGUUAGCCAUUCAUCUUCCUCUGAAGAGGUUCACUCUUAAACAUCACGCCCUGAAAAACUGGAUUUCCUCCCACCACUUGGCUGUGAGGCUUCAGCAAAGACCAGCCCACCUAUAAAGAGAAUCACUUGACCAUUUGUCAGAAAGAUGUCUGGUCAAAUCUACAAAAAAAAAACAAACAAACAAAACAAACAAACAAACAAAAAAACAAUCAAGCACAGUGAACAGUUUUGUAAUCAAACAUACAUCAUUGUUUUGUAGAUUUCUGCCAUGGAGGCCCUCUUGUAUAGUAACAACAGUGGACAACAGUGAUGCUGAUGAUGCAAUAACAACAUUAAUCAGGGACGUGAUCAAGAAUUAGGAGUUAGAACAGCAGAGUCUUUAAGUGGAAACGGGAACAAAAAGAAAAGGUUCUCCUGAAAAUCACAUUCGUAGUGAUGACAGUGUUAUAAUUACUAAUUGUUUUCUUUCUCUUGGCCUGAAAAUAUCUGAUUUGUAGACACACUUAGCAGAUGCAACAGAUGCACGAUCCGGCGAAAACACACACUGAGAAAACAUCCAAAUUUUAUUUGUUUAAUUUGAACAUCUCUGCCUUUGGUGACAUCUAGUGUUUCUAUCAAAAACAAAAGGCAACCUAGAGAUAGUGAGAAGAACUGAGUUGAAAUUUGGAAAAAUAAAUAAAAACAAUUUAAAAAAAAAAAAGACACUGCACCAGUUUUCACAGAGCCUGGCUCACUAUUCAGCAAAUAAAAACAUUAGAGCACUUUAAACAGUCUUUGUCAAAACUUCACCACUCAAGACAGAUUAAGUGAAGCCGCACCGGAGGCUCCCAGGGGUCAGUGAGGGAAGUUUCACCUGCAGGUGGACAAAGAAAGAUCUAUUGUGUAUAAGCAGCAGCAUGCAGUAGUACAGGCUGUCCUGGCUAAAGGGCGAAAUUUGACAAGGACGUGGCGACGUUAAAACAGUGUAAAAUACGAGAGAAUCAUACGAACAAACUUAAAGUCUGACACCUACGAGUAGGAUUUAACUGUAGCCACAUUGUCUAGUUAUAGCCAGCACGGUGUUAGUUUUGGACUCUGGACAGUCGUAGGACCGGUUCCGUAACCGGUUUAGUAUUUUUGAGGCGUUUAUCAUUUUGGAGUCGUGGCACAGUGGCUUCUUUUACUCAUCUUUUGAACCGUCUGUUUUCUACUACGGCCAAAACGUGUGCGUCGUUGCCCUCCACACGAGCGGAGCGACGGACUUUUGACACUGACGUCCUCCCGAGUGAACUUGAUGUUGCUGUCCACUGCACCGGCGUGUUCUGUUCAGGCUUCGGACACCUGUGUUUUUGACUCCACGUACCGAACCGAGUGGGAGGGAGCAGAGCUCCGGUAUCUUUCACGUGCACAGACCAGCUGCCAGUGACACCGGUGAGGCAUGGCACAGCUGGACACAGCUGGACACAGCUGGGCACAGCUGGGUGUCUGUCCACGGAAACACUCGCUUGCUUUGGACUUUUAGUUAUGCAGAGACGGGCACGUACUGUAUAUGUUCUGUACAUAAGGUUGGAUGUGUUACUAUAUUCAAGUAUUAUUGUUACAUUCGGUUGAUUCAGUUCUUUCCUUCCACACAGUUAUCAUGACUAAGCACUAAAAUGUAACCCUACGUUUACCGUACUGAAGAUCCUGCUCACUGGUAAAUACCUAUCAAACUCUAUCUAUGAGUGAAACAUGGAAAUAAGAGUCCCAGUUAGCCUUAACGACCCAAGUUUUUAUGAAGAAAUGCCCCAUUCUCAUUAAGCGCUAAAGAGAACUAUAGAACUAUAAAUAACCGACUGAAAAUACAACAUUUCUUCAAAUUUUUAAUCAGAUCCACAUAUUUUUUUUUAGAAAUAAAUUUAUUGUGUCUCAUCCACAAAAAUAAUUUUCAGAGUUAUUUUCUUAGCUCCUUUAGAGCUGCAGAAGCAAACUAAAGUCGUAGAGUGCCGCUCCAAGUAAAUGCUCAUGUAAAUGCCUAUGACAUAGCUCCCACUCCCGUUUUAUACACGAACCAAAACACAGCAAAAACAAAAGCAAAUGCACACUGAUUGUCAUGUUUACAGUAAAACACACACACUCACAUAUGGUCUCACACAGCCCUGAGAUUUGCACUCGUACACACACACACACACACAGCAUUGUCACGUGAGUUCUUAAGCCAAAUGGAUGAUGUGCCAAUCAGUGCGCUCCAUGCUCAGCCAAUGGCAGCUGCUGAUACUGAAAUCUGAGCCAGAAGGAUGCUGCUGUAAGAUGAUGAAAAAACAACUGUGAACAGAUUUUUCUUUUAAUAUAUACAUAUAUAUAUAUAUAUAGAUACAGUAAAUACUACACUGACGAUGAAAACAGAGAUAAUGAGGCUGAAGAGAGGAAGAACAGAAUUGUGCAUGUAAUUUUUAGUUGUUGUUUUUCUUCAAAUUAACUUGUCAAUCUGACACUUUGGGGCUGGCUGCUUUCUAAAGUUUAGUGAUAGUAAUAAGAAUUAUAUUAGCCAUGCUAUUAUUUAUAGUGUUUGCUUUUAAGGACUCAAGUGGUGAUGUAUCCAUGGAUUCUGAUGGACUAGUUAUCACGACACAUUAUGGUUUUAUAAUCAAGAAUAACAUGUUAGCCAAUGUUCAUCCAAUGUUAGCCACUGAGAGGAAUACGAAACAUAUCCCUCUCACUGUAUGUAAAACUACUAUGUAUAACUAUAAGUUUUGACCAGGCUCUAGUAUUUUGCUUUUCUAAAGGUCAGUUGCGUUCUCCGAUGUCCAAAUUAAGUCUUAAGUGAAUCUACUACAAAAAUGUGGUUUAUUGUAAACCCGUGACCACAUGUACGUAUAUUGACACACAGUGUGUUCAUAUUUUCUUUGUCAUCUGACCAUUGUCAGUAUAUAUUAAACAUGCAUGCCCUACAGAUGUUAAUAUUAAAAAACAGACAGCAACAUUAAGGACACAUUUAACUUAGACAGUUCUUUUUUUUUAUUUAUUGAAAUGUCUAAAGCGAGCUUUGUUCCUGUUCUCGUGACAUUGGCCUCUUUCGGGCGUUUGAAUCAUGACUCUUGUGUGUCGGGAAUAAAGGCUAAGCCAUGAUAUUGUUUGUAUUGAAAUGUCUCUGUUCAGUUUGCAUUUCUUCCAGCUUGGAUUUACCAAAUGUUGUUUUGAUACUGUUAGUUGUCAUGAAAAUAUUUGUUGUUGUUUUUUUUUAAAUUAAUUUAAUUUUUUUGCAUGAAUUUAUGAAUUGAAACUAAGCAACAUUACACCAGUUUCACAAGAAAUGUACAAAUGCAAAAAGGUUGUACAAAAGGACACCGUGUUUCUGCAUUAAAACAUAAAAUCUGAUUUUUAACAUGA